AUGGGAUCCGGGGCCCGGGUCUGCAGGGAGAGCAGCCUUUGGGCCCAGCUCCCCGCCCGUCUCAGGGCUGCUGCGCUGCGUGCGGGGCGCGCUCUCCAGCCCUGGAGGUUGGUCCCUCGGGUCACAGGGGACCCAGACUUCCAGCCAGAGGGGCCUGGAGCGGGGCGGGGCUGGGACGGGGCGGGGUCACUGGAGAGGGGUGGUCAGAGCGGAAUCCGGGCGGGGUGCAGCGGGAUCGGGGUGACGGGACGGCCCGGGGGCGGGGCUGUAGGCGGGGCGGUGACUGGAGUGGGCGGGUCGCCGCGGGACCGGGGGGGGGGGGCUGGGGCGCAACCUGGGCCGGGGGCCCGCGGCGGUCUGGAGGCGGGGCCGGGGGCGGGGCCGCCGCGCACUGGGCUCCCCGAGCCAGGCGAGAGCGCGGGCGGCGCGUGUCUGCGCGCGGCGGCCCCUCGGCUCCCGCGGCGGCGUCGGGCUCGCGGGCCAGCGCCGGCACCUGUGGCUGCGCCCGGCGCCCUCCCGUCCCUGGCGCACGUGGCCGCGGGGGCCGCCUGCAGCGGGACCCCGCCCGGGAGGGGAGCCGGCGCGGCCGCGGGCGCGAUGACGCUCCCCGAGGCGGCGAGGACCCCCGGGCGAGCGCCGGCGGGGCGCGCGGUGGCCCUGGCCCUGGCGCUGCUGCUCCCCGCGCUGCCUGCGGGCGCCGACGCCCCGCGGGCCCUGCCCCGGCUGCAGCCCGGCAUGCCCCACGUGUGCGCCGAGCGGGAGGUGACCCUGGUGGGCCGCCGGCAGCCCUGUGUGCAGGCCUUCAGCGUCACAGUGCCCGUCUGGAGGCCGGGCUGCAGUGGGCAGGCGUGGUGCACAGGCCGCGAGAGGAGAACACUCUACUAUGUGGGCUUCAGGCAGGUAUACUCCAUGGAGACCCGGACUGUGCUCGGGUGCUGUCCCGGGUGGACCCAGCCGCCUGGCGCCGAGGGCUGCGUCGUCCGUCAAUGCCACACGAACGGGUGUGAUGCCAGCGGGGACUGCGAGGGCAGGUGCUGCAACGCCGUGGGGGGCUUCUACUGCCAGUGUCCUCCAGGCCACCAGCUGCAGGAAGACGGCAAGACCUGCCAAGAUGUGGACGAGUGCCAGGUGCACAACGGUGGCUGCCAGCACAGGUGUGUCAACAGCCCAGGCUCCUACCUGUGCGAGUGCCGGCCCGGCUUCCGGCUGCACGCCGACGGCAGGACCUGCCUGGCCUGCUGUUUUGGGCACGGGGGCCCUCUCUGUGCCAGGAGGCGCCGGCCGUUCCUCAGGGCAGCCCAUCUCCCGGCUGCAAGACGCCAGUCGAGACUCACGGCCAACUGCCCGGCCUGGGUGCCGUGCCCCUCACAUCCUGCGAGUGCAGCUGUGCCGGGGCACCCACCGGUGUGGGCAGAGCCGAGACGGGCAGACGCCCUCCCCUUCACCCACCCAAGGCCCCUGGGGCCACCUGGGGACAGGUGA